UUGAAAACAUGGCUCUGCAGUUCACCGACGCGGAUUUCCAGGCGGCGUGGAAGGAGCUGGAUGAGCUGCAGCUGGAGGGAGGAUGGGAGUUUUUCACAGAGAACGCGGGCAUCAAGAUAUACCGACUUUACGACAAGGAAACGGGUCUUUAUGAGUAUAAAGUGUCCGGCACGCUGUCCAGCUGUUCUCCAGAGCUCUGUGCAGAUGUUUACAUGGAUCUGGCCUACAGGAAGCAGUGGGACUCUUAUGUCAAAGCGCUCUAUGAGCAAGACUAUGAUGGACAGAAGGUGAUUUACUGGGAGGUGAAAUAUCCCUUUCCCCUGUCUAACAGGGACUACGUGUACAUUCGGGAGCGCAGGGACCUGCAGGUGGAUGGGAGGAGGAUCUGGGUGGUGCUGGCCAGGAGCUCGGCCGUGUCUUGGUGCCCUGAAAAGUCCAGCGUGAUCAGGGUGAAGGACUACAAGCAGACCGUCGCCAUGGAGACCGAUGGAGCCCAGGGCACUAAACUCUUUAUGAACUACUUUGACAAUCCUGGAGGGAACCUCCCAAUGUGGCUCAUCAACUGGGCAGCGAAGACCGGAGUCCCAGGCUUUCUGAAGGACUUGAAGGACGCCUGCAGUAAAUACACAAACUACUGCAAGAACAGGAAGUGAAGUGCACUCUGACCUCCCGUUAUCCCUCUCUCCUCUCUGUCUUCAUCUCUCGUAUCCUAAUCAUGAAGAAUAUCCACGUUCAGGGCCAGUUACACUUAAUCAGGGCUUUUAACGAUAUGACUGUUGGAAGAAAAACGCGAGCUGUACCGCGGUCAUGACCUGCUGUUCGAGCUUCUCGCUGGAACAUUACAUCAUGACGACGUUGUUCCUUCAGUGAAUUUGGAGCCUUUUCGUCUAAAACGCUUGUAUUAGAUAAUUGAUUAUUUCUGAAGAUUGGGUCUGUUCAUCAGCACACGAGCUCCACAGUCACGUGACACUAAAUGCCCACUGCACGUGGUGUUGAUCUCCUUACGCUUUCUUCUCCAUUCUACACAAGUCCUUAUUUAUUUAUUCAUUUAUUUUUUGGUUUGUUUAGCAUGUGGUCCCGUGGAACAUGUUCCUGCUUAUGUGCGCUUAUAAAACAGGACUCCUCUACAGACUUGAGACCUUUUAUUUAAAGUCCUGAUUGUUACUCGCAGUCAUGUGUAUACUUUUUUUUUUUUUUGCCUUUCCACCAGCAGUAAAAAUUCUCCCACUGUGCCAGAGUUAAUUAGCAUUAUCACAGUGAUGAAAUAAACAGGCAGCACGGUGGUGUAGUGGUUAGCGCUGUCGCCUCACAGCAAGAAGGUCCUGGGUUCGAGCCCCAGGGCCAGCGAGGGCCUUUCUGUGUGGAGUUUGCAUGUUCUCCCUGUGUCCGCGUGGGUUUCCUCCGGGUGCUCCGGUUUCCCCCACAGUCCAAAGACAUGCAGGUUAGGUUAACUGGUGUGACUAAAUUGAGCGUAGGUGUGAAUGUGAGUGUGAAUGGUUGUCUGUGUCUAUGUGUCAGCCCUGUGAUGACCUGGCGACUUGUCCAGGGUGUACCCCGCCUUUCACCCGUAGUCAGCUGGGAUAGGCUCCAGCUUGCCUGCGACCCUGUAGAACAGGAUAAAGCGGCUACAGAUAAUGAGAUGAGAUGAAAUAAACACUAAUUACACUCCAGAGAUCAGUGCGAGUUAGCGCUCCUGUCCAGUAGGGGGCAGUAAUGUGUAUCUGAUAAGGAAAGGCAGAAAAAUCUGUAGUUUAUCCACAAAUAUUACACCACACACCAGGAUCAGCACCAGUGCCUUUAUUCUCUGAAACCCUGCAGCUAUUUUCGAGUCAUUUUAUUUCCUCAAAUUCUCCCAAAUCUAAGUGUAAAAAAAAACAUCGCUGUGAUGCGAUGUGACGUAAUGUAGCGGCUCGUUUUCAUUCAGACUCCUGUUACACAUUUCGCCACGACUUUAAACUGCUUUUACAGUCACGUUGACGGUAACAUGUGACAUCAGCACGCUGUAUAGCUACACCAAACAGGAGCUAGUUGGCUAACAGCUGCCUCGCAAAUCAAAUCGCAACUAAUCCUUUUGGUUACAGUCACGAGGUUUUGAGAGAGAGAGAGAGAGAGAGAGUGUGAGUGAGUGUAGUGUUUUUCUUGGUAAACUUUUCAAAAACCUAAGCAAAAAAGCUUGCACUUUUCUGCCAAGAAGUUUGUUCUGCCAUCUUCCCCCCCCAUCACACAUUACUGGGUAAUAUCCAACAUCGAGGAUACAUCAGUGUAACUUCAGCUGGGGCACCUUGAAGGCUUCUGAGAAGACAGGAAACGAGAUUUCAAUCUGUUUUGGAUGGUCCUUGAUGCCUCUCUGUCUUGUUAGACCUCCCUGUGAGGCACUGAGGCACUGUUUCAUGCAUCGCUGUAGUCCUGAGAGCAUAUAGAGCAGCUCCCCCUGCUGGCUGUAUGUGAUAUUGCUGACGUUCACAUGGAUGAAAUCUAUACUACUAAAGGAAGGAAGGCUGUCUGUCUGUCUCUCUGUUCAACCAUGGAAUGAUUGUGAAAUUCUCUCUCUAUUGUACCAAAUGUGAGCAAAUUCGGAUCGUUUGUUUUCUAAAAGUGCUAAAAUACCGUGGUGAGUAAUAUUUGUCGAUGUCCACCCUGAGCCCCUCUGUUCCGUCCCUGAUCUCACACUCAACUGAUUGAAGAUCCAGGAGGUUUCUAACCCAGCCGGACUCAUUUCUACACUGUUCCACUCCAUGCUGUACUUUUAAACUCCCCUGAAUUAUUAUUUUAUCUUUUAAGAAAACUCUAACCCAUGGUUAAUACUGAAAUCGCUCCAUGAUGGAGAGAUGGGAAUACGGUGCACUUUGUUUAGGAGCAUGCUAAUGUAUCUAUGAGAAAUGUUAUGGUGUACACUGGAGAAUAUUUUUUAUUUUAAAUGAAUGGUUUUAAGGUUAAUCACGGUAUGAUGCUGAAUUUUGUACGAGAUGAAUUAAGGUUUUGUUUAAAGGGGCAGUUCAGGAAAAAUCUGCUGUACACUGUAUGUAUGAUGUUCUUCUUUCUGCAAAUGGAGUUUAUCGGGAUGUUUUUUGCUUCUUUUUUCAAUUUUGCACUGGAGCUGUGUGAGGCUGGGCUUGAACACUGAAAUAUUUCCUCAUAAUGAAGCAAAAAAAAGUCACUGCUCAGGAGCUAUCCAUAGAAAACAGUGAUGUUUCAGAAUGUGUAUUUGAAAUGGAUGUAAAUGUUCCUGUAAUCCACUUUAUUUCAAAGUAGAACCCUUUUUUUUUUUUUUUUUCUGUCAUCCCAGAUUCUGAUAUAGACUGGUACCAAAAUCCAGAAUUGAGACACCCAAAGGCAUUUUUGAGACAAAGUCGGCAAA